CUGUGGCCUGGGAGGGAAUCAAGGGGGCUUCCUCUCCCAGCCCACACCUCAGGACUGAAGCCAGGUCAUGCCUCUUCCUGAGUGGGCCAUGGCUAGGCCGUGGUUGCUACUUUUCCUGGCCCUCAGGGGUCAGACCCUGCCCACAGGCAUGGCUGGCAUCCCCUUUCCUUCUCUGGCCCCACCCAUCACACUGCUGGAGGAUGGAAGGCAGCAGCUGUUGGUGGUCUGCCUGGUCCUCGAUGCUGCACCCCCUGGCCUUGACAGCCCCAUCUGGUUCUCCGCUGGCAAUGGCAGUGCACUAGAUGCCUUCACCUACGGGCCCUCCCCAGCACCGGAUGGCACCUGGACCAGCCUGGCCCAGAUUUCCUUGCCCUCUGAAGAGCUGGAAGCCUGGGAGCCCUUGGUCUGCCACACCAGGCCUGGGACUGGGGGCCAGAGCCGGAGCACACUCCCGAUCCUGCUGUCAGGCGAAACUUCCACAGCCAGGACCUGCUUUCAGGAGCCUCUCAGGGGGACACCGGGGCAGGUACUGAGGCUGAGUGCCCUGCGGCUGCUUCUCUUCAAACUGCUUCUGUUGGAUGUGCUACUGACCUGCAGCCGCCCCUGUGUGCUGGCUGGCCAGCACCCACUGCCACCACCCCCACGCAAACACCUGCCUCCCAUAGUAGUAAGAGACUUCAAGAUUUGAUCUUAUCCAACCCUCUAAGGCUGAGCCCAAGAUGGCUACUCUGGACACUUCAGCCACCUGGGGCAGGAACAGCUUU